UUAGCUCCAGGUUGCAGAGGGGUGAACAGGAACAUGGAGCUCAGCAUCCUCUUGCCCCUCACUCUCCUCAUGGGUCUCUUGGUUCUCCUGUUCAGGGGCCACCCAAAGGCCCGUGGCCACCUCCCACCAGGCCCCCAUCCUCUGCCGUUCCUGGGGAACCUUCUGCAGAUGAACAGAAAAGGCCUGCUCACAUCCAUCCUGCAGCUCCGAGAGAAAUAUGGAGAUGUCUUCACUGUGUACCUGGGACCAAGGCCCGUGGUCAUGCUGUGUGGGGCAGACACCAUACGGGAGGCCCUGGUGGACCAAGCUGAGGCUUUCUCUGGCCGGGGGAGAAUUGCUUCUGUGGAUGCUGUCUUCCAGGGAUAUGGUGUGAUCUUUGCCAAUGGGGAACGCUGGAAGGUCCUUCGGAGAUUCUCUUUGGCCACCAUGAGAGACUUUGGGAUGGGAAAGCGGAGUGUGGAGGAGCGGAUUCAGGAGGAGGCUCAGUGUCUGGUGGAGGAGCUGCGGAAAUCCCAGGGAGGCCUUGUGGACCCCUUGUUCCUCCUCCAAUCUAUCACUGCCAACAUCAUCUGCUCCAUUGUCUUUGGCAAACGCUUUGACUACAAAGAUCGCCAGUUCUUGAGGCUGCUGGACCUGUUCUAUCAGUCCUUUGCACUCGCCAGCUCCUUUUCCAGCCAGGUGUUUGAGCUCUACUCCAGCCUCCUGAAACACUUUCCUGGCACACACAGGAAAAUUUACAAGAAUUUGCAGGAAAUCAAUGCCUUCAUUGGCCACAGUGUGGAGAAACACCGUGAAACCCUGGACCCCAGCGCCCCCAGAGACUUCAUCGAUACCUACCUGCUCCGCAUGGAGAAAGACAAGUCUGACCCGCACACUGAGUUCCACCACAGGAACCUCGUCCUGACCUCGCUUUCACUCUUCUUUGCUGGCACGGAGACCACCAGCACAACUCUCCGCUAUGGCUUCCUGUUUCUGCUCAAAUACCCCCACGUCGCAGAGAGGGUCCACAAGGAAAUUGAACAGGUGAUUGGCUCACACCGCCAGCCAGCCUUGGAUGACCGAACCAAAAUGCCAUACACCGAGGCAGUCAUCUGUGAGAUUCAGAGAUUUGCGGACCUCCUACCCACUGGUGUGCCCCACGUGGUCACCAAAGACACUCACUUCCGAGGGUUCAUCAUCCCCAAGAACACUGAAAUAUUCCCAAUCCUAAGCACUGCUCUCCAUGACCCACGUCACUUUGAAAAACCAGACACCUUCAACCCUGAUCAUUUUCUGGAUGCCAAGGGGGCACUGAAGAAGAGUGAAGCUUUUAUGCCCUUCUCCAUGGGAAACACAAUUCAUAUUUAUUUGGGCUGCCAUCUGGGCCACCAUGUGUCCAACAUUACUUAAAUGGAAAUGUUUCCAGUCAGAAAAUUGGCAGCAUUCCAUUCAGCAUGGAGAAAAGAAGAUUCAUUGUAUUAAUAAGGAUGUUUUGCCAAUUGCAGAAGAAUACCUCUACUGUACUUUAGAGAAAGAGGGAGAUUUAUUGACUCACAUAAAUAGAACCUCCAAAUUAGCAGUCUUCAGACAAGAUUUGAGCCCACAAUUCAAGCCAUUUCACCACAAAAGGAUAUCAUCUUCUGGUUCUUCUGGGCAUCUCAACACCCUCCACACCUCCUUAGCAACUCCAGGAGGCAAAAUGGCAGCAGCACUCUGGGACUGCCCAUCUUUACACUGUAAUUCUGGGUAGCCACCUCCUUCAUAAGCCUCGGAAAUCAUGGUCUCUUUGAACAAAAUCAUGGAAGUUGCCCAGCCCUGAACCAGUCUCUGUGGUUUCAAGGUGGUGAAACUUCAAUAAUCUGAGACCAACCAUCUCUACCCCCUUUCUAGAAAUGAGGUCGAUUUUUUAGACAGAGAUGAAGCCUUUGCUGUACCUUAAUGGUAGGAUGUUGGCUUGGCACACAUGACCUCCUCCCUCUCCGUAGUCUUUUCUUCCUUUGUUGGCUUUUGAUGGGAGAUGUGGGGAUAAAGGAAAUAGCUAUGGAGGUGUUGGCAGUGUAUUUGACUGCUUUUACCUCUGUGUUCUUAACAGUAGCCUGUUGUCUCUGGCCAUCUCCAUAGAACAGGGCAUGUUUGUACUCCUCUGUUCAUGUAAUUCAUUCAGUUAGCAUUUAUAUUAUUUCAUUCAUUCAUUGGUUCAUUUAGCAUAUAUUUAUGUGCUUGGCAUUGUGCUGCUCUUCUCUUCUCUUCUCUUCUCUUCUAUUAGGAUGGUGCGAAUCUUCUGUGCCUGGUUGAACGAGCUGAACCCAAGUAGAAAUAAGAUACUUAGAGGGGUUGGGGGCAGAGAGGACAGUCUGAGUAAUUUUCCUUGCUAAUCUCUACUCUGCCUUGUUAAAAGAAACCUUAGAAAAAUUAAAUUUGGUAGAGUUCAUUUUAGCAAAGAAAUCACUUGUGAUUGGAUAAUAUCUUGAACCAGUAAUGACUGAGAGAGCUCUACCCAGCGAUAUGGGCAGGCAGUAUUUAUACACAGGAAAAGAAAUGGAAAUAUAGAAAGAGCUUAUGGGGUAAGCUCUGCUUUUGCCUUAUUUGAACAUGUCUGAGCAGUUUUCAGCCUGUGAUUGCUAGAAGCCUGACUGCUACGAUUGGCUGAGAUUUGGUUACCUGUUACAAGAGUAUAUUCUCAUCAACUGCAGUUUGUUUAUAUAUUGGGUUAGGUUUCAGUUUGCUAUAUAGGUAGGCAGCUUUAGAUCAAGUUUAACAGGCUUCACCCAGGGAAAACCCCAAUGGGGCUUUCUUAUCUUUUGGCAGGAAGGAAUUCCCCAGUAACAAGUCAUUGGUCUAGAGUUUAAUCAAUGGCUUCAGAGAUGCAGUGCAAUAGCCUCUUCCCUCACUUUGUUUUCAGUGAGAGUUAGAAACAGUGGGUGGUAGGAUGAGGUUCAGUUCCUAUAUUCAUUAGUUCUAGCUUCAAUUUAGAGAGGGCAGUAGUGAAGUAAGGACAGGCACAUAUAGAUUAGCAAUAGUGAAAAAUGAGAAUGAUACACAUACACAUGAGAGAGAGAGAGAGAGAGAGAAUCAGAUGCAUAUAGAAACAAGGAGUUAAGAGGACAGAAAGAA